AUGGGCCUGAAGGACCAUCUGGAGGAUGGGACAGGCCGCGUCCUCAGUCUGGGGCUGGAUCUGGACUACCUGCACGUGGAGGGCACUGAGUGGCAGGCUGGACUGAGCGGAGGCGGUGGCAGCAACUCGCAGACUGGAAAGGAGGUGGCAGAAGCCAGAGCUGCAGCCAAGGGUGGUAACAGCAGCAGCAGCACUACAGCCAGCAGGGCUCACUCAACCAGCAGCAGCAGCAGCAGCAGCAGCUGGAGUAACUGCUCAGAGGAAAACACUGUCUCCGACAGCGAAGACGAACGGGCCCAGAGCAGCUCCAGCACUGAAUCGCAAAACCCCUACCACCAUCAGCCCCAGGAGGAACCCACCCCAUCGCCCGCUGACCCCUUCUCCGACUGCCGUGCCAAGGUGGAGUUUGCCCUGAAGCUGGGCUACUCAGAGGACCUGGUGCUUCUGGUGCUGAAGAAACUGGGCCCAGACGCGCUCAUCAACGAUGUCCUGGGAGAACUGGUCAAAUUGGGAGCCAAGACAAACACUGAGCCACAGGGAGGAGGUGGAGGAGGCCCCACCAUGUCCCACUCCCCCUCUUCUCUGUCCUCCUCCUCAGCCCGCUCCUCCUCCUCCUCCUCCCUGGACUCCUGCCGGCUGCUGUGUGCGUCCCAGCUGCUGGAGGAUAAGGAGAACCUGCGGCCGGUCGUGGUGGAUGGGAGCAACGUGGCCAUGAGUCAUGGAAACAAGGAGGUGUUUUCCUGCCAAGGCAUCCAGCUGGCCGUUGAUUGGUUCCUGGAGCGAGGUCACCGUGACAUCACAGUUUUUGUUCCCGCCUGGAGGAAGGAGCAGUCGCGGCCUGACGCUCUGAUCACUGACCAGGAGAUUCUGCGGCGACUGGAGAAAGAGAAGAUCCUGGUGUUCACUCCAUCUCGCCGUGUUCAGGGGCGCCGCGUGGUUUGCUACGACGACCGCUUCAUCGUCAAACUGGCCUACGAGUCAGACGGCAUCAUCGUCUCCAACGACAACUACCGUGACCUGGCCAACGAGAAGCCAGAGUGGAAGAAAUUCAUCGAUGAGCGUCUGCUGAUGUACUCAUUUGUCAAUGAUAAGUUCAUGCCCCCAGACGACCCAUUGGGUCGCCAUGGACCGAGUCUGGAGAACUUCCUGAGGAAAAAGCCCAUCGUUCCUGAGCACAGGAAGCAGCCAUGUCCUUACGGGAAAAAGUGCACCUAUGGCCACAAGUGUAAGUACUACCACCCUGAGCGGGGCAGCCAUCCUCAACGUGCUGUGGCUGAUGAGCUCCGAGCCAGUGCUAAAACGUCUGCUGCAGCUUCCAAAAACUUGCUGGAAGAUGCCCUGAUAGUGAAAAGCCGCAGAUCGCCUACUGGCCAACCAGAACGGAUGGCAGAAGCUGAGCUUUGUGUAAGUGCUCCAAAGAAUCAGGUAAACCCAAGCCCUUAUAGCUUCUCCUGUAGUGACCUCCUGGAGGAUAGAGUAGGGCUCCAGACCAAAGCAGAGGCCCACAGGGGAAGCAGCAGGAGAGGCAGUGGCAGCAGCUGUGGCAGCAGCAUCUUUGGGCAUCCUGCCCCCGGAGGGCCGCCCUCGUCAGGAAGCCACAACAGGUGGGACCAUCUUGGUGGAGGAGCUUUAGGGAGCUGCAGGGCUGCUGGAAUCUCAGGGCCAAGUCAGGUUGAAAAGUACCCUACAUGUGAGUCCCCUGAGUUGGGCCACAGUUCCCUAACGAGGGCCUAUUCCAGCCUCAGCCUGGUGGUGCCGCAGAGUCCAGAGCGGUUCUUCCCCGCCGACCUGCGAGCUGGUUCGCUGACGUCGGACUGCAGCAGUGAGGGAAGCAUCAGCUCUGACUCUUUCUCCCCUGACUCGGUGUUAGAUGAUAGCCACAAGUGCCAUCACCAUCACCACAAUCCUCACUGCUCCAACCAGUACUCCCACCCUGCCAGCCAUCUACCCCCUGGUCUGGGACAACACCCCCCUCAUGGCUAUCAGCUGCCUCAACCUCUGCGAAGACUUCCUGGUUUUGGGUUGGAGGACCCACCAACCUCCCUUACCUCUCAUUCUUUGCACCCUUCGCACCCCUCUUAUCCCUUCAAGGCCCCUUCAACCUACCUGCCACACCACCUUCAGCAUCCAUCACUGGGUAGCCGCCCUGGUGAAUACCCAGCUCCUCCACCACCUCCGCCUCAGCCCUCUGGUCCUCAUUCCCACUCUCAGAGCUCCCCUCUGAGCCGCAGUCUGUUGGGUUCCCCUUGGCAGGAGAGCGGGAUCCAGGACUCUCGAAUGUAUGAAGGGUCACCACUCAUUUCCAGAAGGAGCUGCCCUGGGCUAAACCAACAACAGCAGCAUCCAAUAGGUUGGGAUGCCCCUUACCAACAGCCAUCCCAGCCUUGCUACGGGCCCUUUACCGUUCAGAGCCUUCCGGCGGCCCGCGAGAAGGUCUGGAACUCACCAUGGAGCAGGCGAGCUCAUUCAUUACCCCACAGCCAUUCUGAAUCCAGACUUCCACCACCUCCUCUGCCAUCGCACAGCAACCACGCACCAACUGCCCCCCAACACGUGGAGCCCCCCACCUUGGGUCGCUACCAGGAUCUGAGGGACAAGGUGUUUGUUAAGCUGUGUGGCAUCUUCCCUGCAGAUUUGGUGAGGGUGGUGAUGGCUAGGAACCCUCAUGUGAUGGAUGCUCAGCAGCUCGCGGCAGCUAUUUUGAGGGAGAAGCCGCUGCAUGGUUACUGA